GGUGUGUGGGGCGGGCUGGGGGGGAGGUCGGGCAGAGAGGAUGGAGCAGUGAGUCCAGGAAAGCGUCAUGGAGACGGUGCAGCUGAGGAACCCGCCUCGCAGGCAGCUGAAAAAGUUGGAUGAAGAUAGUUUAACUAAACAGCCAGAAGAAGUGUUUGAUGUCUUAGAGAAGCUUGGAGAAGGGUCUUAUGGCAGCGUAUAUAAAGCUAUUCAUAAGGAGACCGGUCAGAUCGUUGCCAUCAAACAGGUACCCGUGGAGUCAGACCUACAGGAGAUAAUCAAGGAGAUUUCUAUCAUGCAGCAGUGUGACAGUCCUCAUGUAGUGAAAUACUAUGGCAGCUACUUUAAGAACACAGACUUGUGGAUUGUCAUGGAAUACUGUGGGGCUGGUUCUGUAUCUGAUAUUAUUCGGUUACGAAAUAAGACGCUAACAGAAGAUGAAAUAGCUACAAUAUUACAGUCAACGCUUAAAGGCCUAGAAUACCUUCAUUUUAUGAGAAAAAUACAUCGAGACAUCAAGGCGGGAAAUAUUUUACUAAAUACAGAAGGACAUGCAAAACUUGCAGAUUUUGGAGUAGCAGGUCAACUUACAGAUACCAUGGCCAAGAGGAAUACAGUGAUAGGCACACCAUUUUGGAUGGCGCCUGAAGUCAUUCAGGAAAUAGGGUACAACUGUGUGGCAGACAUCUGGUCUCUGGGAAUAACUGCCAUAGAGAUGGCUGAAGGAAAGCCCCCGUAUGCUGACAUCCAUCCAAUGAGGGCAAUUUUCAUGAUUCCUACAAACCCUCCUCCCACAUUCCGUAAGCCAGAGCUGUGGUCAGAUAACUUCAUGGAUUUUGUGAAGCAGUGUCUUGUCAAAAGCCCUGAGCAGAGAGCCACAGCUACUCAGCUCCUGCAGCACCCGUUUGUCAAGAGUGCCAAAGGCGUGUCAAUACUGCGGGACUUAAUUAACGAGGCCAUGGACGUGAAGCUGAAGCGCCAGGAAGCCCAGCAGCGGGAAGUGGACCAGGACGAUGACGAAAACUCAGAGGAGGAUGAAAUGGAUUCUGGCACGAUGGUUCGAGCUGUAGGUGACGAGAUGGGCACUGUUCGAGUCGCCAGCACCAUGAGUGAUGGAGCCAAUACAAUGAUUGAGCAUGAUGACACGUUGCCAUCACAGCUGGGCACUAUGGUGAUCAAUGCCGAGGAUGAGGAAGAGGAAGGAACAAUGAAAAGAAGAGAUGAGACCAUACAACCUGCAAAGCCAUCAUUCCUUGAAUACUUUGAACAGAAAGAAAAGGAGAACCAGAUCAACAGCUUUGGCAAGAGCGUACCUGGUCCUCUGAAAAAUUCUUCAGAUUGGAAAGUACCACAGGAUGGAGACUAUGAGUUUCUCAAGACAUGGACUGUGGAAGACCUUCAGAAGAGGCUCCUGGCCCUGGACCCCAUGAUGGAGCAGGAGAUCGAAGAGAUCCGGCAGAAGUACCAGUCCAAGCGGCAGCCGAUCCUGGAUGCCAUUGAGGCCAAGAAGAGGAGGCAGCAGAACUUCUGAGCGGGGCCAGCUCAGGCCUGAGGUGGCGUCUGCGCCGUCAGUCAUUCUCCAGAGCAGCUUUGUGAACUCAGGACCGAGCGCCACAGGGAAGCGCUGCCUUCACGCUCACCGCGCUAUCUUGAUGUGUAGUUACAUUGGCCAGGCACAUUAUUUCAAAAGAUUUAUACUGGCGCUUGUAACUUAAAGAGUUGUACACCCCAGGAACAGAGGCUCCUAGCUGAAUAAUAGCUGGGAAAGUUUGACAUUGUCUUUUUGGUUUUCUUCUCCCAGUAGCUUUUGACUGCUCUUUCUGGAGACUUUUUUUAAAAGAUAUAUAAAUAUGCACAUAUAUAAAUUAUAAAUAGAUUCCCCACUCAGUGUGGCGGCAUCUCUGUACAGGUACAGUUUUGAACAUUUUGCCUCUUUUAUGUAGAUUAUGGUACUGUGGAACAAAAGGGCAGAAGACCCUGGGAGGCUCUUAGGGGGUCAUUGAACCCCAAGAGGCAGCCUCACCCUUUGCAGGACUACAUUUAAAAAUGAGGCCUGGGACAGCUCUGUCAGCACAGUUUCAGCCUUUUGUGCUUAUCCUUGGCUUCCGGAGCUGUCAGUGGUGCCUGGGAAAGCCCAGAGAACUUGAGUUUGCUCUCUGAGUCCUGGGGAAGCCUGGUGCCCUCUUUGCCAAUGGCCUUUGCUCUUCCAAUGCUGUUCACCCAUCUCCCCUCGACCAACUGCCUAAGGUCACAUCACAUGCUGCCCAGUGCCUUAAGAGGAGACGUGGUCUGGUGAAGGGACCGGCCUACCAAGAAGUCUUCAGCAGACUGGGCUGUAUUCUGUCCACAGGAAGGAAAGGGCUUUGAAGCUCUCACUGUUCAUGUGAAAAAAAAAUCCCGCAAUGUGGCAUUUUGCUCUGUGUUCUCACAGGCAUGGUAGAGGGCAUUGCUUUUGUGAUUCACAUUCAAAUAUGUGACUUUUCUCUUUUCAUUUACUGUUGAGGGGUAUGGGAAGGAUAAAUGAGUACCAGACCGAGAUUUGUUCUCUGGGAGGCUCACUUGGACACAUGGCAGGAACCAUAGUGAUCAUGUGGUCUGACCUUGUCUUGUGUAGAUGGCAAAAGGAGGCCCUGAGGGAGGAGGGGUGAGGUGACAAGGCCAACAUCUCAGAUGGAGUCAGAGUACGAGUGGAGAUUGGAACUCUGCACUCCUCUCCUGGGGCCACUGACCUGAGCGCCCCUUCGCUAAAGGAAGAAACUCAGUUUUCAUCAGGUAGUCUCAGGGAACCCUCUCCCAGAAGCUUGCGCUUGCCUUGCCUCUUCAGUAGCUGGCCUGCUGUGGAGAUUCUCAGGAGCCCCGACGCUCGGUCUCAGCAGCCCGUGAGCGCUGCAGGGUCGGCAGUGCACACAGGCCUCGUGGUGAAGCAGAUUGUGCGCCUGAGGAGGUCAGAGGGCUUUGCAAAAGGUACCACGCAGCUGUCCUCCUGAAACUGGCUCAAAGCUGCUGUUUGAGGACAAAUGGGGAAGGCAGUUGUCCUUACUUUCUUCUAUCUAGUCUCAGGUGAGUGCCAUGACGGGGCUGUACCUGAGGAUACCAUUCAUUUGAUUCCAUAAUCGCUCCCACUAGACCUGAGGAUCAAUAGCAAGGCAAAGAAUGUUCCUCUUCUGUGACCAGAUUUUGUUUUUGCAAUUAAAGUCUGUUUUUAAAGAUGAGGCAGUUGGCCUCAGAGCUGGCUAGUCUAGUAGUUACGUGGCAGAUAGAGAAAGCAGGGCAAUUAUAGGUCCUUGCUGGAAUGACCAAUGGCAGCUGGCAUUCAUUGACCCCCACGGCAGUGCAGCAAGAAGCAAGAGUCAGGAUCCAUGGCAUUGCUACGGAGCCAGUAUUUUCAGGGAACAGCAAAGUCCUAAGUCUGUUUAAAAUCAAGCAGUCUUGUGCAGACUGACUAACACUAAGUGACAUUUUGAGGUUGGAAACCAGCUGCUUUGGUAGGAGGUUUGACAGCCAAGGAAGAUUUUUUAACUGGAGCCCUGCGCCCGCACACCUGCACACCAUUUGCUGGUCUGCUUCUGCCUCGGCCCUUUUCAGACUCUUGAAGCAAAGAACUAUGGGCUUAGCCAGACAGGAAGAGAAAGACCAUUUCUUUCCUAAGCCAGAGCCAAGGAUAGGAAAGAUUCAUUUCCCACAAGUCUUCUUAGACCACGAACCUAGAUCUAGAGGUUAUUUUGCUUUGGGCACGUGAAUGCCCAACAGGUUGGUCCAGCAGUCCAUCACUCUAGCCAGACUGAGCCAUUGAGCCACUUGGCCAGAUCUGGUUUGUUUUGGAUUAGAUCAAUUUCCUGGGGAAAAAAAAAAAAGUUCAUUUUCUAGUGACUUAAAGGCCAAGGAGCAAGUCCCACUCUUUUUACCUUGAAUGCUAAACCCACGAUCCUUCAUCCUGCUUCCUUGGAGUGCAUGUAAUUCAGGCUUCCAAGGAAAGCGGUGGCUGCUGCUUCCAAGAAACCACAGCUCACCUCAUUGGGACUUUCUUGUUUUUAAUUUUUAACUUAAAAAAAAAAAUUUGAGGGGCUGAGAGAAGGCUUAGUGGUUAAGUGCUCGCCUGUGAA